AUGGAACGACCACUGAAUGACAGUGAGAUUGAUAUAUGGACUGAACUCAGAAAUAUUUAUUGGUCGUUUUACGUUAAGAAUACCUUAGAUAAUGCUCGAUAUGAAGAACUUGUACGGGAUGUUCAACGGAAUGGGAGUAUAGAUUUGAUAAAAGCGUUGCUGAUCUUUGAUAGUAGUCGAAAAACAUGUACUUAUAAUGAUAGAUUUGAAUGGCUGACCCUGAAAUUGAAUGGCAGAGAAUAUCCCCCGAUCGACAUAAAUUACGCUGGUCAGCUAUGUUGGAACGAUCCCGUAGAGUAUGUCUAUAGUAAUACUCAAAAAGCGAAAUACGAUCUCAUAGGGAAACCAGCUCCCAAUGAUGUGGCUGAAGUUAGCCAGCAUCCGAUGAUUGACAACUGUUCGAUGGUGACAUCUUUAAUAAACGUUAAAACUAAGAACUCUAUGGAACCAAUUGUGAGCUACGAAUAUGAUUUAGCUCAAGUUAACCUAUAUUUUAAUGGAGCGAAGAGAUUGGUAAGCAUUAAAAACCCAGUAGUGAGGCAAAAUACUGAUGGUGAGCAACUUGGCAUUAUUUCGCCAGAUUUUCGAGACAAACUCAUAGAACAGGCAUACUUUGAGGUGGUACAGGAGUGUACAUACAACUCUAAAGGCUCGAAUACAGCAAUCGACACAUAUAGAUUAUGUGGAUGGCUUCCGAUUGUGGUGAAUAUGGACGAUACAUCAUUCAAAGAGGUACAAGAGUACUACUGUGAAGGUGCUAUGCUGGCACUGGGAACACAUAUUAACCCGAUUGACAGCAACCCUGCCUUGCGCAGUAAGCACGACUACAUUAUAUUGAAUAUCAAUGACGGAAUUUUUCAUAUAAGGGACCCAUUGCUUCCUGAGGAUCUUAUCAGAGUGGACUGGGAGUAUGUUCAGUCGAUGUUUCGAUAUUUAUACGUUAAUUGGGACGCUAGAAAGCGCUGUACAUUCUACGAGAAGCUGCACUUCCGAUAUGAUACUAACGUUCAUAACAAGUUUCGUUCAUUGAUGAAUAAAGUCAUUUUCGAUAUAAAAAACGCUUCAGAGACUGAACAAACUGUUUACGUUUGGUUCGAAAGACACCUAUCGAUUGAUCGAGACGUGACAUCCGUGUCAGGGAUAAUAUCACCCACUGGUAUUCAUGCUGAGCAUGAAAUAGGAAACAAUCUCGGCUUCCUAUGGUUGAUAGUCAAAGUUCCUCCAAAGAAUAAGACGAAGAUAUUUUACCACACUGAAAAGACAACAAAUUGUACUUUACAUCUGUACUGUAACUCAGCAGAUGUUCAUGUGAAGAAAUGUAAUAUCCAACAAGUUAAAACCCUAGCUCUCGUUGAGGAUACUUGGUUCUGCGGAUCUCGAAGCGAAAUAAACUAUUGCUCGGUUUUUUUCCAAAAUCCGGCUUAUAUGUUCGAGGUCAAAUCUAACACUAUCGAUGACAUUUACGUCAAGCUAAAAUUAACUUGGAAUUCGAACUUUCCGGCUAUUCUCCUCCUCUACCACUAUGAUGACUAUCGUUACAGCAAGCCUUUGAUGCUGGAAUCUAGAACCGUGUCUCCCCUCAACCUGUAUUGUGAUGUCAUGCUCUCGACUAAUACUAAAUACAUUGUAAUAUGCAAGUUCAGUAAUUUUACAAUUCGAGUGGCGUAUCAAUUGGCCAUCCUCGCCGCCAUCGACAAUGCUGAAAUUCAGCUUAAGAGAAAAUAUCUAGCAUUUGGGGGAUUAAGAUUUCAGGUGGGCAAAAACUUUCAAAUAGUAGGGAGUCAUCUCAGUCUUCCCAUUACGAUUUCUAGACCGACUAACCUGCACAUUACUAUUUCAUCGGUCGGUCAACCUUUCGACUUUACGUAUUCUCUAAUUGAGCAGGAAUCACGCCCUCCACUUUCAGAGAUUUGCGAAUUUGUCCGCUUGGACAACAGCUUUUAUAUAUUACCAAUGGUAUUCACAUACGAAAAGGAGGUGAUACUGCGGCUAUACAUGAGAACCAAGUUAAAUGGAUCCACAAUAUCAAUCGAAAUAGGCUCUGAUUACAAGGUUUCAAUGUAA